AUGCCGCUGCCCACUGCGUCCUUCGUCGGUGGUGUUCUGGUACUCGCCUACCUCUCGUCAUUUGUCCUGUUCGCUCUCCUGCGCAUCUUGACGGGCAUUAGCAUCCAGCGCAUCGGCUACUCUGGUCUCCGUCGCGUCGCAUUCUCACCCAAGGAUGGCAUAAAGAUAUACGUUCGAGGCAUCGGCCUGUCUCUCCACCGACCCACCUUUGCGCAACCAACAUGGAUCAGUCUGUAUGUGACCGAACCUCAGGUCGUCGUAGACCUUCGCGCAUUACAAAACUCGGCCAAGAACGUAGAGACCGAAGAAAAGACUCCCUCGCAGAAAGAUGGCGCAUCACAGUGGAAGAAGUUGACCGAAGUCAAGGACAAGAUCAAGAGAUUGCAUACCAAGAUAAGAUACCUGUGUCUGGUCGAUUUGGUCGCCGACACCAGUAGUGUCAUUAUCAAAGAGGUGGGAACAAUCACUGUCGAGCGCAUUACCCUGGCUGUCGACACGAGAGCAAAGAUGGUCGAUCGCAGUCGCUUGUUCCAACACGAUCAGACAAAGGCUUCAUCUCACACCCCCGCCGAGUGGAAGAGCACCAUCCGAUCCAUACUGUUCACGCCCGAGGGAAAAGAAUCCUCCGAAAUCUUGGAUGGCUUGUCUCUGAGUGUGCAUGGCUUCCUACAUCCGCAUCUCGAGGGUUUGCGCGAUGCUUCAAUCGCUUUGAAGCUAGGUCGCCUCGAUAUUCCGUACGACGAUAUACUGGAUGCGAAUGAGAAGCUGCACCAAAUUCGCGGAAUUACAAAACACGAGACCCGCGACUCGGCAUCUGUACAAGCUCCCAAAAUCGCCAUUAACGAUGUGCUCAAGGAGCCCCAGGACAUUCAGGACCGCGAGGAAAAGCUUAUGGAAGCCGUGGAAGAGUCGAGAGAAUUUCUUGGAUCCGUGCUCAAGGGUAUACAGGAAUUCCAAUUGGCUAUUGGCUUCUUGGGUCUUUCCAGGCGCAUCAGAUCUUUGCCUACCUCUGGUCAACAUGUCUACUUCAACAUGGCCAUGAAAGAAUUGGGACUGGAUCUUUUGCGGCUCGAUUCAAGGAGUCCGGCACAUCGCAUGUAUUUCUCACCAACAGACGUUGCUCACCAAGCCCUGCUCACAGCCAUUUCCAUCUCGGCUGGUGUCGACGAUGGCCACGAUCAUCCUGAGCGUAUGCUCUAUGUGCCCAUGAUAACUGCCACUGUCAAGACUACGCUUCCGUCAAAGACCAUACAAAAACCAGAUGAUGCCACUAACGUGCGAGAGCGUAACAGUAACAUUCUGUUUGCCAACCUUGUGUGCACUUCGCCAUCUGUUGACCUGGAUCCAAAGCACUUGCCGCUCCUGCUAGCUAUUGCCAAAGUACGGCAAGAAUCCAACAAGACAUCCAAAACUUCUUUGUUGACGGGUCGCGGCUUCUUAACUCGACUCCUGCCAAAAGCCAUCGUCAAGAUUGCUAUCCAGGAACCUGUCGUUAGGGUUUCGCUUCCUCCGUUGAGUCCAGCAUACACUGGAGACGUCGAGUAUGAUCUGCUCAUUUUGUCGACCUCGACCAUGUCUUUGGAUAUCGACUCGCAACAUUCCUCGACGGAGUCUGCAAUCAAGUACGGCUUGCACUUACAUUACAGACAGACUUCGAGCCAGCUAUACUACCAGACAAAUGCUGGCCAAAAGCAUGACCUCUUGCAGACUGAGACCAUUGAGGUCAAGGUUGACGUCAAUGUACUACCACAACCCGAAGUCCUCGUCUAUGGUAGAUUCCAGACAUUCUCGGUCUUCUUGGUACGAACGGAGAUUUCUGAAGGUAUUCGCCAGAUUGUCAAGGCUGCUCGUCGCGAAACAGACGCGAACAGUGGGUCGACAGUCGUGAAAAAGCCAAGCUUCCUUCGCCAAAUUCCAGAUUGGCUACAACAUGUGAGCAUUCAGGGUGCCGAUUUCAACGUCGAGCUUGCAGGUGUGGAUCAAGCUGUUUCCAAGUAUGCUCGCGGAUUUGCUUUGCAGCUCGAAUCAUGGUCAGCCGAGUACAAGGCGCACCGCGAAGACGUCUACGUUCCUGUACCACGCCGCAGAUCACUCAGUAGAUCGUUCUCACGCGAAAGAAAUGAUCGAUCAACAACGCCAGAGGCUCCAAGAAAGAAACAAACAUUACCAACUGAUGGACGAAGAUUGGCGGUACACAUUCAAGGCUUGGAGGGUCACAUCAUUGACGCUGUCGAGGAUUCGACUGCAGAUCCGUUCAUCAACUUGCCUAAAUUUGAGGUGGCAUUCUCAACAUCAAGCGACAUACAAGGACCACUCUUCCACAUCAACUCGCAUGCCAAGAGUCUCCAGGUGGAAUACUCACUCUACAAGCACUUCUCAAUUGGUGUAGCAGUAUUGACUUUCCGAAGAAUGUUCCUGUCGUUGGGACCUCAUCAUCUGGACGAGGAACGCAAGAAGCAUCAACCUAGCUCGACUGUCAAGACCCGAGACGAUUCCAAAUACGACCAGAUCUUGAUGAGCGAAGUGACCACAAUUGACUUCAAGGCGAACCUCAUUCAAGUGAAGGCGGAAAUGCCUGCAGAUCCGCCAUUGAUGAUACAGAUCUUUGGAGCCGAUUGUGGCCGUCAUAGAUGGGCUACGCCAUUUGCGCGACUCAAGGUUGUAAGAUUGCUUGCGGGUACUCCUAACAUGAAACACGUCUGGAGUCGUAUCGUCAGUGUCAAGAAUCUUCGGUUUGACCUUCGCGAGAUGAAAAUGAAGACCGCCCAGAAGACCGAAAUCGCAAAAUCUCUAGACUUCACGACAGAUGUAAUUCGUAUCGGUGUUCCACACGGCAUGGUUCUACAUACGAUUUUUGACAACAUAGUCAACACAGUCAAGUCUGUUGAGCAACUACACCAUCAUUUCAGUACCGGAACACUUGAAUACAUCCUGGCAAAGCAUCCUGAAGGACCAAAGAAAAUCCCAAGGAUAUCUGUUCGCGCCCAAUUGCUGCUUUUCGAAAUUGAGGACAGUGGAUUCGAAUGGAAGCUCGGCACAAUCUACAGAGCGGGUCUGAUCGAGCAGCAGCAGCGUCUCGCACGUGAAGAAGCCUUCAGACUCAAGGUCAAGAACGCAGAAUCACAACGCCAGAGAAGAGGUUCACGCGUGCGCGCCAACUCACAACAACCACCGCCAUCUCGUAGACGCAGCUCGUCUCGUCCUGCAACAUCACACCACAGAAGGAGCAAGAGUGCUCAUUCAAUUCACACACUGCGUGAAGAGGACGAAGAGUCUUCUUCUGAGAAGCGUCGUGGCAGAGGUCGCGGUCGCAGGCUUCGAUACAACACGGAGGGCAGGGCUGAUUUCAAUGGCGCAAACACUCGUACUGUUGAGAAAGCCCAUGCCAAGCUGCAGGAAUUCAAUGCUGAGAGCUGGAAGAAGCGCAUCGAUCGAGCCAUGAAUUCACAGAGUCAUGCCAUCAAGGAGUUACGUGGCAUCUUGUGGGGCAUGAAUGACCUACCGGACGAGUUCGAACAAUCUGAGAACGUGAUGGCUAUACCGCAGCGGCCUGCUUUGAUGGCUGCCAUCAUCAGCGACGUGGGUGUUAUCAUCGACAAGCCUUCUUUUGAACUUGACCAAUAUCCACACUUCUUACACGACAUUGGCAAGGGCAUGCCUUUGGACAUGAAAUAUGGCCUUCUUGUACCUAUGAACUUGAAGGUUACUAUGGGCGAGGCUAGAGUCAUGCUAAGGGACUACCCCCUACCUCUUCUCCACGUUCCUGCAAUCCGUCCUGGUCAGUCGCCCCGGCUUGCUAGUCUGUCUCUGAGCACAGACUUUGUCAUUGCCGAGGAGUUCCAGGGUAUAGAGUCUCAACGCCACAUCAAUGUAGUUGUGGUACCCAAACACAAGUUUGGCAAAGACGACAAAGAGAAAAACUUCUCCAUCGAUGUGCGUAGAACCAUAUCGGCUGUGAAGACAUACUCAGACAUGAAGAUCGACAUCAAUACAAGCUCACCUACACGAAUCACCUGGGGAACUUCAUAUCAACCUGCCAUUCAAGACAUGAUGCAGGUCAUUGAGAACUUCACGAAGCCACCUAUGGACCCAUCCGACAGAGUUGGCUUCUGGGACAAGAUCAGACUCAGUUUCCAUUCACGACUCGACAUCAAUUGGAAAGGCGACGGUGACGUUCAUCUCUGUCUCAAGGGUUCUCGCGAUCCUUAUGUUGUUACCGGUCUAGGAGCUGGAUUCGUCAUGGUCUGGAGGAACCAGGUUCGCUGGAGAAUUGCCCAGGACGAUGACCCUCGCAAGUUCAUGACUGUCGAUAGCGGUGACUAUGUUUUGGCUAUACCUGAUUACAAUUACUAUGCCCGACAGAUCAGCGAAGACGAAGGAACGGACUCACAGAGUGGGUCAAGCAGCACGAACAGCAGAAAAGCUACGGCUGCCUUCAAGAAGGUUGUCAUGAAAUUGUCUGGAAAUGUGCAAUGGAUGGCCGGCCUGACAUUCGAACGCGAAGUCAAAAACGACAAGCGAAGCUUUGACUUCUGUCCUCACUACAAAGUCAAGCUCAGACAUCCUGAUUAUGCGAAAGCACCACCAGGAGAAACAUACGAUGCAUUCAAAGACUUCAGAAGCCACUGGAUUCAUGGAUCUAUCGCCAUCUCUGCACCGCAGGAUCGUGACUGGAAUGUUGCCAACCUUCAACCAUCAAAGAACUACAACUCUGUCCAUCUCACUCCUCGCUUCUUUACGCAUUUCUACAACUGGUGGUCACUGUUUUCUGGAGUCAUGUCACUCCCCGUCCGACAAGGUCCUCUUUGGGGCAGCAUGGAAAAGUCGAGCAAGAAGUUUGGUCGCCAUCUUGGCACAAUCAAGUACAAUCUACUCUUCUCGCCUCUUUUCAUCAGUCACCUCUACAAGCACAAAGACGCUGAAGAUUAUCAGAAUGAUGUCGUCUCUGCCACAGGUCUGAAGAUGAAACUUGAUAGCUUCAUGUUGGAUCUUCAUCAACGUAGGGAAACCUUUGAACUUCCAGCAACUGGUGAAAAGAAGGCAAAGCGAACGACUGCAAUGAAGAUCAACCAAUGUCAACUCGAUUUCAUCUCAGCUGAUAUCCGAGCAGUAUCUGCAUCUAUCAAAGGAACGAAUACAGCCGACCUUGAUCGAGCUGAUGAGGCUACACUGGCUUCCUACCAUACAAGCAAUGUUACCCACGUCGACAUGUCCAAGUUUACUAUACCUGACAAUGACUUGACUUGGAUUGAUAUGGAUGACUUCGUCGAGCUUGACUGGAUAUUGCCAGCAGAGACAAACCCUGCGACAAAGAUUCUUCCACUCGCCUUCGCACCUCGCUUCACAUAUUUCAGGCAGACAGAUCAUGGUGAUUCGGUCUCGGGAGAUACGACAAGAACCAGUAUCUUCGGCGACGAGCCCACUCAUUAUUGCGUGAUGUCCAAACGAAACGACCCGCGCCGAGUCCAGGCUGACCUUAUCGAAUCCCGCAUUCAUCGUAUUGAAGAGCAGCUGGCCCACAAUGAACGCGCGGUUGGAGAGCAAGAAGUCAAGGUUGUUAGAACGCACGAAGGCGAUGAACAGCUUAACGAGCGACUUCGAGCUUUAAAGAACCACACCGAAGCAUUGCAGAAGAAACAUGAAUUCUUGUGUGAGCUGCUGGACGUGCUUGUUGACAAACUGCAACAAGAAGAUCCGUCUAUCGCUGCAGAGAUCGAUACAGAUGAACUGCCCGACAGAGAUGCCGAGAAGGAGAAUCUGCCAAAGGAAGAUGCGAAUCCGAUUGCAGACUACACGAGCGAUUUCAACAACAGAUUUGUUGUGCACAAUGCUCAAAUUAAAUGGAACAACUCCCUGCGAAACAUUAUUCUACGCUACGUCCAUCAAGUCAGUCAAAGACGCGGUUUCGUUUACUACAUGUCUAGAAGAGCUGUCAAGUUCAUUCUGGAUAUUCUUGAAGAACAGAAGAAAUCAAGCCCAAAAGCACAGGAUAAUCGCAACAACAGCACUGUCAGCAGCGAUACAUCUUUCCUGCCCCAAACACCGAAUCAAGAAGAAGAAAUGGCGGUACAAGAUAGGAUCGACCAGCUUCUAAACGACGGAAGACAAUUUGUCAAUGCCGACGACCCUGAAACACAGGAGAGCACUAGGACGGCCGGCAAGGAAGGCGGCGGAGAAGGCAUUUCAACCGAGUACACACCGCAGAACACCUAUCACUUCCGCCUCAUCGCUCCACAGAUUCAGCUACAGAGCGAGAAGAAUCCAAAGUCUGUCAUGCUGGUUGCUGCGAAAGGUAUGCAACUCAGAGUGGUUCAGAUCAUGGACAAGGAAAGAGUUAUGGAUGAGAUCAGUGGACUGGUGCAAACGCGCUUCACUGCCGCGAUGGACAGCAUGCAGGUCUUCGUCGCCAGCACGAAGACUUUCUCAACCGAUUACCUCCACAUGUACUCUGGCAAUCGCUAUGGUGGCAAAGCUGGGGAGUACUGGCCGCCUUGGGUACCCUUGGAAGUCAUGUUCGAAUUCCAGGUCAACCCAUACGGUUUCUCAAGAGUCGUUCAUCGUACCUCGGCAAGUUUGCGCUACGAUAAAUACAACAACCUGCGCCUGAAGUACAAUGACGAUGUCAGUGGUGGAGACGGGGACAAGGGUCAAAGUCCAGAUGCCUCAGACCCUCGCAUGGACCACAUCUAUAUCGAGUUCCCUCACUUCCGGGCCAUCUGCGACUCUAAUCAGUACUUUGCCAUGUACAUCAUCGUGCUGGACUUGUUACUGUAUAGUGAGCCUUUGGAGAAGACUCGCAGCGAAAGACUCGAAAAGAUCAUGCUGGCUUCGGACUUCAGCGAUCUGAGAGGUGCACCCGAGAUGGUAGAGAUGCUGCAAGCUCGAAUUCGACAGCUUGAAGAUAUUAAGAUGCACUUCCAGGUCAAUGAGAAAUUCUUGGAUCGUCAAGGAUGGAAGGACAGAAUUGCUCUUGAUGCAGAUCUAGCUGCCUGCGAGGAUGAACUGUUCUUCAUGAUGAAGGCCAUCACGACUUCUCAGAGCAGAGUUGAGGACCGCAAUCAAGAAGAGUCGCCUGGCCUACUGAGAUGGCUCAUCUCCUCAAAAGAGAUUGCUUGGCAUCUCAUUCGUGGUGAGAAUGAGUCACUCCUCGAGUUCCAGCUCAAGGAUGGUCUUUUCGACCGUACCGACAAUAAUGAUGGCUCGAACUACAGCUGCGUGGAGAUUGGCAGGAUCAACGGUUUCAAUCUGCUGCCAAACGCGGUAUAUCCAGAAAUCAUUGCGCCAUACAUUGACCCAGCUAGGGGUUAUACCAAGCAAAAGGACAUGAAGAUGUUGCGUGUACAGUGGCUGAUGCUUGAGGCCAUUGCAGGUAUUCCUGUCGUCGACUACUUUGAAGUCAAUGUCAUGCCUCUGCGAGUCCAGCUCGAACGCGAGAUCGCUAAGAAACUGUUCGAGUACCUCUUCCCGGGCGUUGGAGGUAAUGCGUUUGAAGGUGGUGGCUUCUCACCCUUCAUGGUUCGUAAUAUGGCCGUGCCAGAGGACGACGAGGAAGAUUCGGACGAAAAGAAAGACAACCUACCACAGGAUGAAAGCAGUAGUGGACACAGACUCCAAGGAGUGGGCACUGGAGCAGGUGAACUCGGACACAGACUCCAGCCAACUCUCAAACUGCCAGAAGGAAAGGUACCAGUCAAGAAUGGCAAGCACAAGGGCCUUGGCAUCAGCCAUUCAACUGCGUCUUUACACAAUCUUCAUUGGAACCCCUUCAGCCAUUCAGACAAGUCAUCGAGUAGCAUCGCCAAGAAACAGAACAACAACACUGCAUCGAGUUCCAGCCUUGUCAGCCGGUCGCCCUCACAGCGAUCGUCAGAGACAAAUUCUCUUGCCGAAUCAGAGAUGUCCAAGAAGAAGUCCAACAAGAAAGGCAAAUCGGACAAAGACGACAAGAACGACGAUCUCUCACUCAUGCUGUCUCGUGCUUCUAACUACAUGACUUUGGCAUUCUUCAAAGUCCCUAGCAUGGUUCUCUGCCUCAGCUACAAGGGACAAGGCAAGCGAAACCUUGAAGAUGUACAUGAUCUCGUGUUCCGCAUGCCAACGCUUGAGUAUCGAAACAAGACAUGGUCAAACCUCGACUUGGCUCUGCAAAUCAAGAAGGAUCUUAUCAAGGCUCUGAUCUCACAUGCUGGUGCCAUCGUAGGCAACAAGUUCCAUCACCAUCGACCCUCACGCCAAGCUGCCGCCAGCAAGCUUCGAGAGAUAGCAAAUCUCAGCACUAUGCACAUCAACAACGAAACAGAGGGCGUGCGUAACAGUGGAGAAAGCACACCAAUCACCACCUCGAGCAUUGUCGAAGAAGAAGACGAAGCAGAAGACGAAGACGAUACUCCUGCUCGUCCGUCGUUCACUUCUGGCCGUCCUUCCGUGUUCGAUGACCACCAUAUGGAGUCCUCGCCCAACAGUUUGUUUGCGACCAGAACCAAGAGCAUCACUCCUUCACUCACCAGAUCGCUAGAGACUGAAGGUGGACCCGUGCCUCCUCCUCGCCCUCGUCCCCAAACUGGCUACUCACAUAUGUCUCGCACGUACACCAAUGCCUCUUCUCUCCACACACCUCACAGGAAGUCUGAAGAGUCAAGGGCCAGGAGCACGAGUAUUGGCAGCGAGAAGAAGGGCUUGUUUGGACGAUUGAGACCAGGCACUAGCGCGUCCAACCAUUCUUCUGCCAUGGGCUCAGAACACAAGAAUGGAACAGCUAUCUAG